AUGACUUUUAUCGCUUUUGGUAAUCACACCGUCCGUAAUUUGCUCCACUCUCCUUAUUUUUCUUUCAAAAAAAUACUUUUGCGAACCGAACACCACCAAGACAAAGAAUUAUUACAAGUUUUAAAACAAAAACAAAUACCUUAUCAAUUGUUAGAUAAAGAACAAUUUUCCCGUUACAGCACCGAUAAAAAAAACCAAGGCAUAGUGGCUUUUAUUCGGAGUUAUGAUUAUGUUUCGCUUACUUCUUUGUUAUCUUGUAAGCCAAGAGGUAAGUUUCCUUUAAUUAUCAUGUUGGAUGGCAUUGAAGACCCUCAUAAUUUUGGGGCCAUUUUGCGGACGGCUGCGGCUCUUAAUAUUGACGGGGUAAUUAUUGCCAAAAAAAAUCAGGUGCCAGUUAAUAGCACGGUGGUUAAAGUUUCUGUGGGGGGAGUAGCCCAAGUGCCGGUCUGUCAAAUUGCCAGUCUGCCCGAAGCACUAAAUGAGUUAAAAAAAAACGGCUAUCAAAUUAUUGCUACUAUUU